AUGGUGCUGAACUUUGACUUCCUGACCGGCUGGAGAAGAUCCGAUGCAUCUCAGCAAAUGUCCCUGAACCCUGUUGCCUCGCAGGAGGAAGGCAAAUCUGAAGGCGAUGACGAUGGACAAGGUAUCUUAUUGAGACCACGCGGACCGUUUCCUGCAGAUGCCGUUGGGAUUGACGCCCGUCAAGGCUUGUGGUGGCUGGUGCAGGAUUCUGAUUUGCUGUUCUUCCCCUUCCCAGGGGAGCAAUCGUCUCCGCUUGGUGCUUACGCAUUGCCGGAUGCUAAGCUGCGAGCCGCCUGCGUGGCCCCCCUUACAGGGGCGGUAUACAAGGGCUCUUCCUCCACUCGCAAGCCAACAUUGGCCGUUGUGUUUUCGGAUUGGCGGAUCUCCAUCUUUCCGAACGGACCUCGUGUGGAUCUGGCGAGACCGCCUGGAAUUCCUGCUGAGGAGGUCCCAGCUUUCGUUCGCUCCGCGGCCCCACAUCCUGGUCACGGAUGUGUUGGUGUCGUCCUAGUCGUUGGAACCCAGACCGGGCUUUUGUUCUCCUUCUUCCUCUCACAGGAAGCUGGCACCUUCAAGGCUGAAGCUGGCAAGUUGUGGCCAACAGUGUCGGAACACUGCCUCUACAACUUCUUCAAGAGAGUUAGAAGGUUCAGGACUGGUGCGGACGUGUCUCAGGAUCGGCAUUUGCAGGAGGAGACGCCGUUCUUGGCUCAGAAGGUUGAAACCGUCUCGGCAAGCUCCUCGAGCAGCCUUUUUGCCACUCUCGCCUGGAAUCAGGAGCAGCUGGCAUACUACACACACCCGCGUUGGGUGGGUGCUGCAGACCUGGCUUGGACAGUCUCCCUCGCCCAGCUCGUUGCCGGAGACCCGUCCACAAAGCUGCUCUCAGUCUGCCACGGUGGAAAGAACGAUGCUUGCGAUGACUCGAUCUUGGUUCUCUACAGGGGCAAGGACACAGCAGGAAGUGAGGCAUCGCUGCUCGCCAGACUCGCCUGGCCUGCUCGCACGUCUCCGGUGCAGUCUUCAUGCCAACAUGGAGAAGUAGUGGGACCACCUUCGCCUGUGAACGGACCAGCUUUCGUGGUUGCCUUUGGCGACAUCGUAGUGAGUGCCAUCAAGGUUGAAGGAGGGGACCGCUUUGCCAUCUGCAUGACUGGCAUGGCUGCGCAGCGUUUGCAGGCAGGUGUAAGUCAGAUCGUGGACUACGGUAUUCUAGGACUCUCACUGCUUCCAGAGGGCAUCAGCAGCGGUCAUGUGCAGGUGCUGACACCUCAUGGAUUGUUGAGUUGCCCACAGGACAUGGCCUCCAUUGGCAAGGAAACUGAUGGACAAUUACCUUCCACGGCUGAUGCUUUCAUUCAGAUGGCUUACGAUCUCUUCGAUGCUGGACAGGAGGAGCAGGCAGUAUCUAUUUCCGUGAGAGCAUUUUCGCAAGUUGGAGCUCAACCAAUGCUUCUUGCGGUUGAACAGCGAACCCGGAAACUCCUGGAUGCCGAUACCAGCCCGAAGCGGACAGCGAGUGAACCUCUUGACAUCAGACAAAUGCUCAUCACCAAAGCACGCAGUCUGGAGCACUGGCUGCAGUUCCUCCAGAAGGUCGGGAUCUGGAUCCGAAUGGGAAGUGCCCCCAAUAUCACCUCAGCCCAGCAGAAUGUCGUGGAGGCCUGCGAGCGAGCAGCUGCUGCGAUGAGAUUGGUCGAGUACCAUGACACAGCAGCCGAUGUCUUCGCGAGUGCAAUACACAACGCUCUCGACCAAGGUGCGGUCCAGGAAGCAGAAGAUGAAAAGCGCUCGUUCUUCAACUGCUUGAGCAGCUGUGAGCGGCUGCUGGGCAGCUUGGCCGAGUAUCCCCGCACUUUGCCGUUUGGUUCGGGUGGUGCCUGGGAUGCCGUGAUCUUCGUGCAAACCGUUGUCUCUGCAUUCCUGGAUGCAGCCUUAGAGAAGAGAUCGCAAAUCUUGGCUUCAUAUCCCAUGGCCCUGCCAGUUCCGGAGCCUCAAAUGUCGCAAAGGUACUUCGGGUCCAGGAAGUGCUCUCGAGUUCCAGCCUGGUCAGGAGUUGGAAGUGGUUGGCUGAUGGGGCUUUCAGUUCAAAGAGCUCUGGAAGAUCUUCGAGUGGUGAGUUUGGAAGUGCUUCCGACAGUUCCGCGACGGCACCUCCCACUUCUUGAUGCACAGGCCAUUCGGGUGGUGCAAGGGCUUCAACAACUAUGUCGCGGGAUACUACUAGCUGCGUAUGCGAGCUUCUCUGACCUGCACUGUGCAGCGAUGGCGAAAAUUAGGAAAGAAGUCCUGAGCCAUUUGGCUGACGCAGAGGCUUGCUUGGUGGAAAAGGCUACAGUUUCUGGCCAACAACUCCGAACGCUUCAAUUUGCUGAAGAGUUCGAGGAUCUCGAGCUCUUCAUCAAGCUGGCGGCCAAUGCAGAUGUCAAGCGUCUGGAUGAGCAGAUGGUGGCGUCAGAGAAGUUCAGGCCGCAUGCGUUCGCCUAUUGUCUGCAGCAGCCGCGCCUGCAUCCUCUGUUCUUUCGACUGCUGCGCCUCUUCCCACCAUCAAGCGAAGCACUGGAGGAGCUGCUCUCUCCGUACCCGGAGCUACGAUGGACUCUUGAGUUGAGCGGACUUGCAGAGGCAUCGAAGAGCCGCUGGCCUGUGGCGGCUCAUUCGGUGAAGCAGAUGGCCGCAAAAGCUGCUGCGAACGAGAGGCUAGAUGCGACCAGACGCAAAGUGAUGGCAGCUGUGGCUUCCAUAGCGACUGCUGCCACGCAGAUGCAGGUCCAGGAGGCGCCGGCCGCCCUAGCCACCUUGAGACACAAUGCUCUGGCGCAGACCUGCAGUUGA